AGGAAGUCCCCUCCCAGUCUUUCACCGUGCACACGGCUUCAUUGUGUGGAAUGCAAUGCCAGCUGAGGCAGUCAUGCCAACUUUUCCGAUUUAAUAUCUUGACAACAGAAUGUGAUUUGUAUGACGGAAUUGCCUUCAGAAAAAUCUCCAACGUGACUGGAAACCGGUUCUUUCAGAAAAUGCCAAGCAGUUGUGUGACCGGUCAAGACGAAUGGUUUCCCGAGUAUCAAACUUGCAUUUGGAUACCAACGUACGUUUAUUCAUAUGAAGAGGCAAAAAACAAAUGUGAGGCUGUGGGGAAAGACCUGAUGGGAACAGAAAAUUUCUCGCUUAUUCGGCACCUUAUAAAUAUCAUAAACGCAAAAGAUAUAUACGUAUAUUCCCGACGGAUUGGUGCCAAUAAAUACCAGUGGAGUAACGGGACUAUGAUCCCACCCGCACAAUGGUGUCCUUAUCAGCCAAAAGAAAGCAAGGACUGUGUUGGAGUUGUAAUCGACAGGAGCUGGUGUCCCGAUGGUGGACUGGAUGACAUCCAUUGUAACAACAUUUAUCGAUUCUUCUGUGUGUAGAAGAAAAGAAUACUGUAAAUUUGUACUAAAAUGCGAAGAACUAACAUCCGCCUAAAAUCACAAGAUGUACACCUUGCCAAUUCUUAAAGUUCGCAUGUAUCUAUUUUUCUGACAACUGUAUUGUAAUACAGAGACUCAGUGGUCA